AUGCGAUCUCUUGGCCAAAACUUAUCGCAAUCAGAGCUGCAAGAGAUAAUCAACGAAAUCGACACUAGUAAGAAUGGCACUAUUGAAUUCUCAGAGUUCCUUGCUGUGACCUGCCAAAAACGAAAGGAUGCUGACUACGAGCGGGAGAUCCGUGAAGCAUUCGAAGUAUUCGACCGCGAUCACACCGGCCACAUCACUGCUGCAGGGUUGCGACAUGUCCUGAUAUCUCUCGGUGAGGACGUGACGGAUGAGGAAGCUGCGGAAAUUAUCCGACGGGCCGACCAGGAUGGUGAUGGUCGAGUCAGCUGUAAGCGAAUCUAG